AUCACAGCAAGAACGACUGAAGUGUGCAAACCAUCAUACGAUGCUGUCCAAAAUAAUUCUUGGAGUCUUUAUCUCCUUUUCCCUGUUUCACUCAUUGGUUAUCUGCCAAGGAUCAGUGCAGAGACAAAGUCAUGCAAGUUCCAAAACGUGCAACAUCAAUAACAACUUUUAUGCGGGACCCAACAAGAAGAUCGAAAAUCUUCUCCUGGAUGUGAAAAAACAACUGAGCAACAUUCAAAAGGAUCUCAACAUAUUGCCGCAGAAUGGGGAUGGCGACACGCAGGUUUUACCGGACGACAAUAAUUCUUCCAAUCCAUGUACCCUUGACCAGCUUGCGGCGGAAGGAGGAAGAAAUAUACCCACAGCGAAAAAUAAAGUUAUCAAGAAGAAUUGUGCUGAGCUGUAUAACAUUGGUCAUAAAACCAGUGGCGUCUAUAAAAUCAACCCCGAUGGCAAAGGUGCUUUUCUUGUAUACUGUGAUCAAAAAACAGCUGGUGGGGGCUGGACAGUGAUCCAGAAGAGGAUGGACGGCUCUGUCAAUUUCUACCUCGGUUGGGACGAUUACAAGAACGGCUUUGGUAAUCUGAGUAGCGAGUUUUGGCUUGGAUUGGACAAGAUACAUCGUCUUACCCUCAGUGACUGGAACAAGCUUCGCGUUGAUCUGAGGGAUGAAGAUGGAACUAAGGUCCACGCCGAAUAUGAAUUGUUUGCUGUUGCGAGCGAGAAGAACAACUACAAGUUGAGCCUCGGAUCAUACUCAGGGACGGGAGGCGACGGCCUAACCUAUCAUAAUGGCAUGACCUUCACCACCAAAGAUAAGGAUAGUGACGCCCACAAGGAAAACUGUGCACUGAAGCAUAGUGGAGCUUGGUGGUACAAAGGAUGUGCGUAUUCGAACCUGAAUGGUCUUUAUCAUGUUGGCGUACAUUCCACAAAUCCCGUCUAUGAUGGGAUUUUUUGGAGCAACUGGAAGGGAAUCUAUAAUUCUAUUACACACGCUGCGAUGAAAAUCAAACCAGUCAAGUUUUAGAAACCGAAAUAUGAUAGAUUUAUAGAUCGUAUUUCGUUUUCUUUAUCUUGAAGGCAUAAAAGAAGAGCUGCGAUUGAUGUUUUGAAGUUAAACCUUUUGUUAGAGUAUUAGUGAGAAUAAUUCAAUUAGGAUGGCACUUAAGUAAAAGUUUCAAAAGGCCUCAAGCGUUGUGGACCAGUUUAAGUAAAAGCAGAACAGAAUAAACACAGGCUAUUUCUCGUUUUUAUCAAAGGAUUUCAAAUUCCUAAAAUGUAGCAUUUGUGAGUAAUUUUUCUUUUAUUGAGAGAAAAACUAUCUAUAUUCAGUAAGGUUUGAGUUGAUAGAGAUUCUUUAAGCAAGGAAUCCUAGGUGGUUCGGCAACUUUUGUUUUUAUUUGAUUCCUUACCUAAGAGGUGCUGUGCAAUUUAGGUUGGGAUAAAUUACAAUAAAUCCAGCUCAGUUUUCGCAAAU